AAGCUAGAAAGGAAGAAGAAAGAAGCAAGAAAAAGCUAGUGCAAUUUGGAUAUAUUUCGGAAGCUCUAGGAUUUCGAGUCUAAAUUGACAUUUUAGAAAAUGCCGAUUUCCCAAAUUGCCAUUGGAAGCCCGGCCGAGUUUGGCGAUUUCGGGACUCUCAAAGCCGCCCUGGCUGAGUUCAUCUCAGUGCUCAUUUUUGUGUUUGCCGGUGAAGGCUCUGGGGUGGCUUUCAACAAGCUGACUGAUAAUGGCUCGACAACGCCGGCCGGCCUUGUAGCCGCAGCUUUGGCUCAUGGCUUUGGACUGUUCGUGGCAGUGUCAAUCGGUGCAAACAUUUCCGGCGGGCACGUGAAUCCUGCUGUUACAUUCGGUGCCUUCCUGGGCGGGCACAUCACACUCAUUAGGGGUUUUUUGUACUGGAUCGCCCAGCUUCUUGGAUCUGUGGUUGCCUGCUUGCUUCUUAAGUUUUCUACCGGUGGACUGGAAACACCCGCGUUCUCUCUAUCUUCUGAUGUGACUGUAUGGAAUGCAUUAGUGUUUGAGAUUGUGAUGACAUUUGGGUUGGUCUACACCGUUUACGCCACAGCCGUGGACCCAAAGAAGGGUAACAUAGGCAUAAUUGCACCCAUUGCAAUUGGUUUGAUAGUGGGCGCCAACAUUUUAGCCGGCGGUGCCUUUGACGGUGCAUCCAUGAACCCAGCAGUUUCCUUCGGCCCUGCUGUGGUCAGUUGGUCAUGGGACAACCACUGGGUCUACUGGGUCGGCCCACUCAUUGGUUCCGCCAUCGCCGCCGUCGUCUACGAGCUCUUCUUCAUCAGCCCAAACACCCAUGAGCCGCUCCCCGCUACAGAUUUCUAAGCCAUAAAGAUCUCUCUCUUUCUCUUUCUCUUUCUCUUUUCUCGGUUUUGGAAAAGGGUUUCUUUUGGUUUCAGCUAUGGGUGUUUCGGUGUACGUUGUUUGUACCUUGCUGUUGUUAAUCGUUGAUUCUUGUGUAAGUUGAAACUGUCUUGUAUUCCUGCAAUCAUUUUGAUCAGUAAUGUCCAUCUGUGCUCAGUUUAAGAA